AUGAAACCACCUCGUGCCUCCGCGCAGUGCCUUUGUCGACUGGUGGAGCUUGCCUGCAUCCUCGUCGCGUGCCUGCCCUGGCAGCCUCGACCCUGGGCCUUUGCGAGCCCUGGCCAGUCUUCUUCUGAUCGGCAGCCCCUCCAUGAGCACCUGGUGACGCUGUCGGCCGCUCUGCAGCAGCACAAGCUGCCUGAGAGGGCCUCGGCCCUCAUCGCCAGGCUGCAGCCCAUCAUCCAGGAAGCCCUCGUGCGCUGGGCAGCCGAGGAAGGGCCGGAGCCCAACAGCCUGGACAAGAGAGAGAGGAACGCCCGCGUGCGGAGAGCUGCGGAGGGCAGCCCAGGGUGGCCAGAGAUUGCUGAUUUUAUCAAUAAGGCGGGCGGUUUCCAUGGCUUGGUAGGGCGCCUUGUGAACAUGGAGCUGGCGGGCGUGGGUCGCCGCGUGCCCUGGCCUUGGAAAAAGCUUCGGCGCAGGCGCCGGAAGGCGGGUGUGCCACGCUGUAAUCAGGCCUCACCUCCGGAGAUCGCCGUGGUUGGCUCCGUGCCCAAAGGGACGGCUCUCCCUCUCUCUGAUAUCGACCUCCUCUGGUUUGCGGGUGAUGUGCUGGCUGACGAGGGCAGGGCUCAGAGGCUGGCGGCCACCGUCUUUGAGGCGCUGUGGGCCAAAAAGGACUUUCAGGGCCUCGAGAAGGGCCGCUUCGGCAUCAAGGGCAAGUGGAAUGGCAGCGCCUUCGACCUGCUCCUGGGCUUCCACGUCAGACCCACCGAAAUUCCCGUCUACGCUGACGCCGAUUGCCGCCACCUCUCGUCGUCGCUGAAUGUCAUCCGCCAGCAGGUCUUCUUGGCCAGCCCUCGCCAUCACCACGCUGUGCCAGCUGUGAGAUCGCUGAAGCUCUGCUUCUUCAUGCUGAAGCAGCAAAGCAACAUCAGCCUAGGGGGAGCCUGCCCGGCCUCCUAUGCCCUGGAGCUGUUGAGCCUCACGAUGUGGGAGCUUGGUUUGAGGACGGUCACGGAGAUCUUCCUUGGCUGCCUCCGCUUCCUUGUAGCUGCUGAGGAGCUCUCAAAGAGAGGCAGGCUCACAGUUGACCUCUUGAAGUCUCCUGCAAUUGACUUCGUCCCCUGCACCUCAUCACUGGGCAGCACCUCGGCACCCGAAGGUCGGCUAAGUGUCAUGGAGCGCUAUGAGCACCUCCAGUCUUCGCAGACCUGCUUCAUCAUGAAUGACCCCUGGUGCGGGGAGGUCGUCUUCUCAAGUCUUGAGAACAUGACAGCCGUCGCAGAAGCUGCCAGCGAAACGCUGCGCCUCUGCCGGAGCCAUCCGCAGCCCUUGCGCGCAAUCUUCGCGAGGCACCCUUUGCGCGAGCUCAGAGAAAUCUUCGGACUCCCUGCCAACGCUAGCCUUCCAUGGCGCGAGCUGAAGGAUCCUGGAGGGGACAGGCUGCAGUUGCAGUUGCGUGGUGCUGCUUACACGGACCCCCAAGGCUUCCCACGCUGGAUGCAGACAGGCAUGAACAUGGACGCCCAGUGGAGCUUCUUGUCCCGAAGGCAGCUGCAGAAGUGGCUCGGGCCCGUGAAAUCUUCGGAGUGCUACCGAGCUCUCUUCCAGCGCCUCACAUGCCGGAAGAACUUGUUGCCGCUGCAGGAGAAGCGCGUCGCGGGCGCAUGGUCGAGCUACUUGAGGUGUGACGAAGCCUUGGCUGGUCUGGUCUCCGAGCUGGGCACCUGGGCAAGCACUUCCUCGACUACGCCCCCUCCAUCCUUCCAAAGCUCCUGA